GGACGCUUCGAGUCCCGUUUUGUUACUGUGAAAAUUGAAGAGAGUCCAUCUAUCCUGCUACAGGGGAUGUCCGGCUCGUCACUGGGGGUCUGGGUGGCUCACGGAGAAGGUCUGAUGAGGUUCCAGUCUCAGGCGGUUUUGGAUCAUGUGACCUCCCACCACCUAGCUUCUCUCCGCUAUGUCGAUGACCAGGACCUGCCCACAGAAGAGUACCCCAUGAAUCCCAAUGGCUCUCCGUUGGGCAUUGCUGGACUCUGCUCUGAGGAUGGACGCCACCUUGCCAUGAUGCCCCACCCAGAACGCUGUGUCCUGACCUGGCAGUGGCCCUGGAUGCCAGAAGAUUGGAGUCGGUCGCUUAGUGUCUCACCAUGGAUGCGGCUGUUUGAGAACGGAUACAGUUGGUGCCUGAAAAACACUGGGAGCAAUGUGUAG